AUGCGGCGGCCACUGCCCUCGGGCCCGGCGGCGGCCCCCAGGCGUGAAGGCGAAGCGCGAGGUCCGAAGAAGCGAGGCCGGCGGCCAGGGCCGGGCGAAGCGGGAGGCAGCGGCCCGGAGGCUGGGGGAUGCGAGGAUAGCAGGCGAAAGAGGAGGACGGUGGCCCGGGCCCCCGGGAGAGAAGAGGUGGAAAGUGACAAGUCGGGUGAGGCGCGGGGCCGGAAGGCUGCCGUGAGGCGGCGAGAGGAGGUGGGGGCUCGGCGUCCUUCGGACCCGGCAGAGCCGCGGGGCUUAGCGGCCGCCGGAGCAAGCGGCACGGCCUGCUCCCCUUCGCUCCACGCUCCCAAGGAAAAAAAAGUUACUGAAGCCUCAAGUGAUGAUCCACAGCCAGGGAUUGACCUGGUAAGAAAGGAAUCAUUAACCAGUUCGGAAUCUUUCCAAACAGUGGAGUGCAGUGAAUUUCAAAGUAUGGCUUUCUUGCAGUCUCUGGGUCAGGAAGGUUUGGUAGAAAGUAUUAGAAGAAGAAUUCGAAUUAAAAAACUUAAAAGCUUAGAAGGCCCACCUCUCAAAAUAACUGAAAGUAAGGCUACACAAAAUAUUAAGGUUGAAUUCCAAGAUGAACUGUGCAAGAAUACUCCAAAAUAUUCUUGUAGCAGCUUGUCACCUGGAGUGGAAAAUAAUUCCACUUUAAAAUUACGUGAUUGCAGUUGUUUCCCCCAUUCCAAGGGUUGUAGUGAUGAAAAUAACCUUUCAUAUAAACCUGAUGGUGGAUAUGUGCAAGUAUCAGAAAAUUCCUCGAAGUUAAAGAAAGAAAACCUUAGGAGUCUUGCAGAUAAGAGUGACACAAGUAGUGCUCCUCAGCUUUUACAAACUGAAGAAAACUUAAUGGGAAUAAAUAAAUUUUUGCUUGAAGAAACUGAUUUAUACCAAAGUAAAAGUAAUGGCUUGCUUUCCUGCCUUCAAAAUGAAAAAAAUAAAUACUUAAUAGAGGAGAGCAAUGUUGAUAGAAAACCCAGGAAAAUGAUGAAGGUGUCUGGGAAAGGAGAUGAAAUGAUUAUUGAGAUGAACUUCUCUAAUGUGUAUAACAAGUCUGAGUUGGUGUUACAAGAAAACCAAACAGGUGCUGAGGGUAAAGAAACAGAGACUUUAGAAGCUAAAAAAAGUCCUUUAAAAGUUUUGAGAAAAAUAAACCAUAAUACAUUCUCCCCAAUGGAUCAUUUAGUAAGUCUUCCAGAAACAGCAGAAAAAAAAACAAGUCCUGAACAUGAUGUAAAUGCUGUGUUUCAGAAAACCAUUGAGCCACUUUUGGAAGAAGAAACAAAGACUGCUUCAGAGCCCUUAGGAUUUAAACGCAUGGAACCAGAGGAGUACUUUAAGUUGAUGCAAAGCUCAAUAGUGAAAUUACCUAGUUAUUGCCAUCUUACUGAAAAGGGAUCUUCACGGGAAGACUUAAGAAAUGAAGCUGAAGAAUCGAAGUUAGGCUGUCACAGAACAAUACCGAUGACUGGUAAAAGAACUUGGCCUUGUUUUUCAUGUGCUAGAAUAUCUCCCCAGUGUUGGAAAAAGUCUUCCUUGACAGAUUCAAAUAACUUUCUUCCUGAGUCUCGGGAAAGUUUUAGGCAAGAUGAUUUUCCUAAACACCAAACAAAUCAAGCUCACUUAACUGAUUCUAAAUUAUCAUUACAAAGUACCAUAACAGAAACAAACAGUGAAUCUUCAAGUAAAGAAAAAUUGGAUUCUAAUUGUUUGUCUUUAGUCUCUACAGAGGAACCUACUUUAAUGAUUACAAAGGAACCCAUAAUCGAUGAUAAAAAGAUAAAGUCAGAGGAACCAAGAAGUGGGUCAGAGGUGGUUUCUAAUACUACGGAAGAUACUCAGCUAACUAAUAUGUCUCAAAACUUAACAGGAAGUAAAAAAAAAGAUAGAGGGAAUUUAACAAAAUUUAAUUUGACAGUGGCUUCCCAGGAUGGCCAGGAAGCAAAUAACUCUAUAGGCAAAACUAUUCAUCGAAAAGCAUGCAUUGCUAAACAAACCCUUGUGGUUCCAGACUUGGUUAAAAUACUGAACACAGGACGGCUGACUAAUUUUAAAAUUCCGUUACUUAAGAAUAAAACAGGAAAAAAAAAAAUAAAUGCCAGAUCAUCAGAGAGAGAAGCAUGUAGUCCCCUAGAACUUCUUGACAACUUCUCUGGAGCAGAGGUAAGACAAAAUAGGAAUAAAGAAAAUGUCUCUACAGUAACUUCAGGACCUCAAUCUUUGAGAAUACAAAAUAGCAUAACUCCAGUGCAAGCUAAUUCUGACUCCUGUGGCUGCAAGAAUUCCUGUAGUAUUUCUUCAAGCUUUUUAAAGCAAGGUGAUGAUAAUAAACCAUCCAACUACAUCUCUGAACCAGGCAGUAUUAUUUCAAAUAAGGAAGCUAUUUCUCUGAGAGUUGAAAGAAAUACUUUUUCUUGUGAUCGUGGGUAUAUAGAGAAAGGUCCUGCUUUCUGCUCUAAUGAACAAGAAUCUUUCAAAUCAGUUUCCUCUGAAAUAAGUGGUAGAGAUAUGACUAAGAACUUUUCAGAAAUUAAAAUGGGGUUUCCAGAUAUUCUUAAAGCAUAUGAAGAUGAUGUCCUCUUAAUUGAUGUCAUUCAAGAUGACCCAGAUCUCUUUGGGGUCUCCAAUGAAGGGGAGUUCUCAUUUACUUCAGAGUUCCCUAUGAUAAACCAGGAACCCAGUGUUGCUGAAGAGCACCAAUCAACAGACUCUAAGCACAUGGAACUUCCAGAAAAAAAAGAACCAAGCGAUGACUUGAGAAAACUUCCUAUACUGGAUCCUGGAUUGAUGAAGUCAGAGAUCUGUGCUUCUUUAUCAGCAGCAAAUGAAAUUAAACAUGAUUCCAAAGGAGAAAACAUUUCCUUAGGGAAAGUUACUAAUGAGACCUAUGGAUGUGAAGAGCUGGGAGACUUCAGUGAAAACGUAAAAGGUUCAGACUUGGAUGAAAAGAGUAGAUUUUCAGAAAAGGUGACUAUUAAAGAAGAAAAAGAAAAUAUCUUUGAAGUUUACAAAAGUGAAGAUUCUAAAAAUGCAGCGAUCAUGGUUGGUGAAUGUCAUUUGGCAGCACUGGUCCCAAAACCUCUGUGCUUAUCAGUGCCACCUUUGAAUCUGAGUGCUCAUCAAGAAGACCUAUUUCUAAAGCCCUGGAUGAAUGAUUUCAAAUUUCCAGGAAAACAUUCUUUCCUAAAGCUGCAGAGUCCUGAAACUUGUGAAAUUUUUAAGAGGGAAAAAAAUGUAGGGGUGUUCCAGAAGCCCCUAGGGUUGAUGCUACCCCAUAGAUAUUGCAAAUUUCAUUUUAAUACAUUACGUGGCUGUGAACGAUCACAAUGCAAGUUUGCUCAUGUGCCUGAGCAAGGGGAUGAAAAGGUUUGUAUGGAUGUGUUUAAGAAAUAUAUAAGUAUCAACGAGCUAUGUUUGCUACAACGUGCAGUCAACACAUUUAUGGAUUACUACAGAAAGUUUCCGCCAGGUAUACACUUUGAUUUGCAAGUGCUAAAUGACCUUCUAAAUUCUUUACUCAAACAUUGUUUAUUGAAAGAAGUAUUUCAGGUAGUGAACCUCAGCAUAAUGGUUAAAAUGCUGCCUGCUUUGAAAAUAUUGCUAAAAAUAUUUGAACAUGUGGCAACUAUGAAAUUAAGGAAUGCUGUACCUGCUUUAAUAGAUAUAUUUUGCAAGUUUGUUGAAGCUGGGAUGGUGUUUGACCCAGAGCACUUUAACUAUAUAGUCAAGCUCUUAUACCAACUACAGGCUUCCCAACAAGAAAUAACUGCAGUUCUGGAGAUGAAAUCCAGGUUACGGAUGAGGCAAUUUAAAAAGAACUGGAAAUGUGAUUUAGAUUCAGCCUUGAACGAAAUAGAGCAUUGUAAAGAAAAAGGUGACUGGACCAAACUGGGAAAUUUAUACAUUAACAUAAAAAUGGGCUGUGAAAACUUUGCAGAUUUCCAGAGAUUUUGUGCUUGUAUUGCUGAAACACUAACAAAAGACUGUAAAGAAGAGAGACCAGGUGUUCCAUUUUGUGAAUUUGCUGAAACAGUUAGCAAAGAUCCACAAAUUAGUGAAGUCGAUAAAACUUUGCUGGGAAGAAUUGGAAUCAGUGCUAUGUACUUCUAUCACAAGCUGUUGCUGUGGUCCAAGGGAAGGAAAGUCUUAGAUAAACUAUAUGAAUUAAAAAUACAUUUUACAAGUUUAAAAGGACUUACAGGGCCUGAGAAGUUAGCACCAAGAUGUCAAAUUGUGAAUAUUGCAGCAGAAAUUUUUCUAAAAAGUGGAAGCCUAGAUGGUGCCAUUUGGGUAUUGAGGGAGUCUGAAUGGAUCAUCAGUACACCACUGUGGCCUUGUGAUAGAUUGGAUGUACUCAAUCGACAUAAUCUGCUCUGUACAAUUGCACAUGAAAUCUUAGCCAAGAACCUUUACAGACAGACAUUUGAAGUUUUGCAAAAUCUACCAGGUUUUCAAAAUUCUCAAGAAACUGUGGAGGUCUCACAAUAUAGCCUUCUUUUUAAUAAACUUCUAGACGCCUGUAUAGAAAGCAACAGUCUUGGUAUGUCAUCCUCUGUAGCAGAAUUCAUGAUUUCACAGAACAUACCUAUUGAUUUCUCCUUUCUCAGAAGAUUAAUUACUUCUUUGGGAAGGAGUUGUUUAUGGCUCAAAGCUAGAGCCCACUACAAAAGUGCUCUUUCAUUGGGUUGCUACCCACCGUUGGAGGGAAAUUUAUAUAGAAAAAUUCUGCUGAUUCCUUCUUAUUUAUCUGAGAUUGAAAUGCUUUUAGCUAUUGAAAUCUUCCUGGUAUCUAAUGCUAGUAGUAUUCAGAGUCCUGGAACUUCUACACAGAUACUGCAGAUAGUUUUGAAAAGAUGUGAAGAAAACAAAUCUUGGAGCAAGGAUGAUUAUCAAGCUGCAGUGGAAAGGUUAAUUAUGGCUGCUCGUAUAUCGGAUCCAAAGCUCUUCAUUAAGCAUAUGACUGUCAAUGUUAAUAAGGAACAGGUUUAUAGUUUGGAACAUUGUUCUGCCCUGAAAUGGUUGAAGGAGAAUAUGAAGUGGGCUGGAAAGGUUUGGCUUUUCAGUAACCAUUAG